AUGCUGCUGCUGCGGCUGCUGCUGUUGCUGCUGCUGCUGCUGCUAUCUGCACGGCUGCUGCUGCGGGUCCGCCCCAUCGGGGUAGGAAGCACAGCAGCAGCAGCAGCAGCAGCAGCAGCAGCAGCAGACUCUGGAGAUGCAGCAGGAGCAGCCGCAGGAGCAGCAGCAACAGCGGCAGCAGGAGCGGCAGCAACUGCUGCAGGAACAGGAGCAGCAGCAGCAGCAGCAGCAGCAGAAGGGGCAGUGCGAGCAGCAGCAGGAGCAGCAGGAGGAGAAACACCAGGACCAGCAGCAGCACGAAUAGCAGGAGCAGCAGCAGCACGAGCAGCAGCAGCAGGAGCAGCGCGAGCAGGAGCAGCAGCAGCAGGAGCAGCAGCAGCAGCAGGAGCAGCACGAGCAGCAGGAGCAGCACGAGCAGCAGGAGCAGCAGCAGCAGGAGCAGCAGCAGCCCGAGUAGCAGGUGCAGCAGCAGUAGCCGCAGCACGAGCAGCAGGAGCAGCAGCAGCAGGAGCAGCAGCAGCACGAGUACCGGAGGCAGCAGCAGCAGGAGCAGCAGAAGCAGCGGGAGCAGGAGCAGCACGGGCAGAAGCAGCAGCAGCAGGUGCAGCAGCAGCAGCAGCACGAGCAGCAGGAGGUGGAGCAACACGGGCAGAAGCAGCGGGAGCUGCAGCAGGAGCAGCAGGAGCAGCAGCAGCAGGAGCAGCAGCAGCAGGAGCAGCAGCAGCAGCAGCAGCAAUGCCUCGGCUAGCAUCAGUCGCAGACCGCCCGCUAUUAGCGGUGCGUCCGAGGCCAGUGGUGUUGCUGCUGCUGCUGCUGCUGCUGCUGCUGCUGCCGCUGCUGCUGCUGCUGUUGCUGCUGCUGCACCUCAUCAUCCUGCUGCUGCUGCGGAUCUGA